AUGAAGGAACCUUCGAAUAAUUCCUCGCACACAAAUCGCAUUCGCUCCUGGGCAACCUCCAAGACGCAUGGAGCCUCAGCCCCCGUCAGCUUGCUUCCCAUAAGCAACCCUCCCACCGGUACUGACACCACCGCCAACACCACCACAGCAGUCGCCCAAGAUGCCACGCUCAACGACACCAGCCGCGGCGGGAACGUGCCCUCCGCGCACCAGCAACCCCAGCAGACUUCCACAGACUCCUCGUCAACCGGCGGCAGCCAUCACAAGGAGGAUAGCAGUAAUGGCGCCAAAUCCCCGACGGCUACCUCACACCAAGCUGCGGGGCAGGGGCCUGAGUUAGAAACUACGGUCUCUGCUGCCGCUCAGGAACAUGAGCAGAAGCAGAAGCCGAACGUCGCAGUUAGAUUUACAAAGGUCCUCAAGCAGGUCUUGUUUCACAACAAGCUCGUGAACUUGAUGCUGGUCUUUGUCCCCGUCGGCAUUGUCGUCAGCCAGCUACCGGGCUCCUCACCUGGUCUUGUCUUUGCCAUGAAUGCCCUCGCCAUCGUCCCUCUUGCCGGCCUCCUCAGUUAUGCCACCGAAAGCGUGGCCCGUAAGCUUGGAGACUCGCUCGGCGCCCUGUUGAACGUCACGUUCGGCAACGCUGUAGAGCUGAUCAUUUUUAUCGCCCUGGUCAAAAACGAGAUCAAUAUCGUACAGGCUUCGCUCCUUGGCUCGAUCUUGGCCAACCUGCUCCUCAUCCUGGGCAUGGCGUUCUUGCUUGGCGGUCUUCGUUUCCGAGAACAGAUCUACAAUAGCACCGUCACCCAGAUGAGUGCUUGUCUUCUCAGUUUGAGCGUUAUUAGCCUCGUCUUGCCUACUGCAUUUCAUUAUUCUUUCAUGGAAGCACCUGACACCGAGAAGAAGGACGUUGAUCAGAAGACACUGAAGAUCAGCCGCGGCACCAGUGUUAUUCUGCUGCUUGUAUACGUUAUUUACCUUCUCUUUCAGCUCUUGUCCCACUCUUACCUCUACGAAUCUACUCCUCAGCAUAUCAUUGAUGAGGAGUCUACUCCGGGACCCGCCGCUGGCUGGCUCGAUUCCUCGAGCUCCGACAGCGACUCUUCCACAGAUUCGGACUCUUCGGACUCGGACUAUUCUCGUGAGACAGUCUCCAAGAGGAUGAAGCGUGUCAUGCGUGGUGGUCACCGCAGAAGAAAGUCGAGCAUCAUUUCGAACCUUACGAGCGAGAGCGUUGUUGCAGGUCCUGCUAGGACCCCCUCGUUCGGUACCAGUGAUGUUACCCCUGGUUACGAUGAAGCCGCACAGGAGGAAUCGUCAUCGCGACCCGGACUCGCCGUCAAUCUGCACAGCCCUACAACCGAAGGAAACGAGGAGGCCGUUGAAGACGAGAAGCAUUACCGCAGGCGGCAUAAGUAUAAGCGACACAUGAAGAAGCAUCGCAAGAACAAGCACAAGAGGCAUCACCACAACGGGUCUCAGGAGUUUAUGAAUGGACAAACCAUCGAGGAAAGCGCCGAGGUCCAGCCGGACGUUGCGCCAGCACUAUCGCCUGGCGAGCCCCGUCGUGUCGACUUCGCCGUGGAUGGUGCUACCUCUGCCGAUAACGCCCAGGCUGAGACUUCAGCUGGUCGUCGUCCUUUCCCCGGUCUGCGCGGCAUGUCCCUCCGCCCUGUCGCUAGGAACUUGACACCAGCUGUCUUUGUCACCAGCCCCGAUAAUGUCAACACGCACCGGUCUCCUCCGGACCUAGACGAAGGUCAUCCCGACGACUUGUCCCGCAUCAGUGCUGUUGUCCUCUUGCUCGUGUCUACGGCUUUGGUAGCCGUCUGCGCCGAGUUCAUGGUUGACUCAAUUCACGACCUGGUCGCGGCUGGCAAUGUUCCGGAGCUCUUCAUUGGCUUGAUUAUCCUUCCCAUCGUCGGCAACGCCGCCGAACAUGUCACGGCUAUUACCGUUGCCAUGAAGAAUAAGAUGGAUCUGGCGAUCGGCGUCGCUGUGGGUAGUUCUAUCCAAAUCGCCCUCUUCAUCACGCCGCUUGUUGUCAUUAUUGGCUGGUGCAUGGACAAAGACAUGUCGCUCUACUUCACGCUGUUCGAGACGGUAUGCCUGUUCGUCUCAGCUUUCAUCGUCAAUUUCUUGGUGUUGGAUGGCAGGAGUAACUACCUGGAAGGAGCGCUUUUGUGUGCGACAUACGUCAUCAUCGCUUUGGUGGCAUUUUACUCGCCCAACCCGACUGUACCGGGUGAGAGUCCUUAG